AUACGAAAAUUUAUCAUCGAGCCAGAGAUAAAAAAUUACUCAACGCAUCCAAACAAGAAAAUGAAACUUUAGAUUCAGAGAGAAUCACACAAGCAAGACCUCUACCUCGACACUUUUUUACUCUUAAACGCCUCGUUUUGUAGAAACUGUUUUUCAAUUUGAGUCCCACUUCUUCCUUCUGCAACGAGGCGUUUAGGCAGAAUAAUUUUCGAUCGAUCGAUCAAUCAAUAAUUCCUGAGAUUUUUUGUUUGUUUUGGAUUUUUUCUUUCGUUUGUAUAAUUGAUUUUGUGGUAUGUAUUUAUAGAGAUAUAGUGAUAGAUACAUAAUAGCGUAUAGAAUUUGUGGCGAUGGAGAAUUUGAUGAGCAAGAUUCGAAGCUUGGAUGCGUAUCCGAAGAUCAAUGAGGAUUUCUACAGCAGAACGCUGUCCGGCGGCGUUAUAACCCUAGCUUCCUCCAUCGUCAUGUUCUUGCUCUUCUUCUCCGAGCUCAGGUUAUAUCUCCAUGCAGUUACUGAGACAAAGCUUGUAGUAGAUACGUCCAGGGGAGAAAGGCUGCGGAUCAAUUUUGAUGUCACAUUUCCAGCACUUCCAUGUUCCAUGCUCAGCCUUGAUGCCAUGGAUAUCAGCGGAGAGCAACAUCUUGAUGUCAGACAUGAUAUUACCAAGAAAAGAAUUGAUGUCCAUGGUAAUGUAAUAGAAACACGGCAAGAGGGCAUUGGACAUCCCAAGAUAGAAAAACCUUUGCAAAGGCAUGGAGGCAGGCUUGAACACAAUGAGACAUACUGUGGCUCGUGCUUUGGAGCAGAAACGGCGGAUGAUGAUUGCUGCAACUCCUGUGAAGAAGUUCGAGAAGCAUAUCGAAAGAAGGGUUGGGCAUUGUCAAAUCCAGAUUUAAUCGACCAGUGUAAAAGAGAAGGGUUUCUUCAAAGGAUCAAAGAUGAAGAAGGUGAAGGGUGCAAUAUUUAUGGGUUCUUAGAUGUGAACAAGGUGGCUGGAAACUUUCAUUUUGCACCUGGGAAGAGUUUUCAACAGGCAAAUGUUCAUGUCCAUGACCUGUUGGCUUUCCAGAAGGACAGUUUCAAUAUAAGUCACAAGAUCAAUAGAUUGGCUUUUGGAGACUAUUUCCCUGGUGUUGUAAAUCCUCUUGAUGGUGUGGAAUGGACGCAACAAACUCCUAAUGGGAUGUAUCAAUAUUUUAUCAAGGUGGUGCCUACGGUGUAUACUGAUGUAAAUGGACACAAUAUCCAAUCAAAUCAGUUCUCUGUAACUGAACAUUUUAAGGGAGCAGAAAUAGGCCGUCUUCAGUCUAUUCCUGGAGUUUUCUUCUUCUAUGACCUAUCACCAAUCAAGGUAACUUUCACGGAGCAGCACGUAUCAUUUUUACACUUCCUCACAAAUGUCUGUGCUAUAGUUGGAGGCGUUUUCACGGUUUCGGGGAUUAUUGAUUCUUUCGUAUAUCACGGGCAGAAAGCAAUAAAGAAGAAGAUGGAAAUUGGUAAAUUCAGCUAGCGAAUGAUAAUGUAUACAGUGCUGUUUGUUGGUACUGUCUUUCCUUCUAUCAAUGAAGAUGUCCUCUUCAAGAGAGCCAAGCCAAAAUCGUGCACAAACUGUGGAAACGGCGUGGUUGGCAGACUCUCUGUCACAUCUGUGGUUCUUCUUUUGUCUGUUUUACAAUGGAUUAGAUUAGUUCAACUAGAUUUUUUGUAAUGGCCAACUCUUAUCCUAGUUUUCCAGCAAUUGUGUAUUUAUCAUGAUUGGUGCAGUUGUUCCAAAGGUAGUGAGGCUAUUUGUCAUCUCAGCAGGGAACUUUUGGUGCACCUCGGAGAAAUUAUAUUGAGCAACGGUCGGGACGGGUUAAUAACUUGAAAGUUGAAUGCAUUUACUUGUAGUGCUGAAGCAGUUGUUCAGCACAUCCUCUUGCUUA